AUGUCUCGGGUCGUAGGCUGUUUCUAUCGCUUAGCUUAUUACUACAUGCUUGCCUUUGGUUUGCUUCGCUUUGAGUAUGACUUCCGUAACAACGACGUGCGCAGAACUCGUCGCGUCGCGCUCUACUCGUUAUGCGUCAACCUGUUGAUGCUGUCACAAAUACCACAACAAUUUCAAAUGGACAUUUCGACUUAUACUCAGCAAUCGAAGGCGCGCGACAUCUAUCAGUUUCUCCACAGUUUAAUAGUGCUGUCGCGCAUUUUUGCUUGUCUGCUCAUACUAGUGUUUUAUUGGUUGCGUCGCUAUGAAAUAAUCGCGCUCGUUGCAGAUUUCCUGCGGCUACGUCGCGCACAAAGCCGCUACUUGUCGCCGUCGGCAUCAGCAUUGCGUCGCUUUCAUUUUGCUUUACUGAUUAAGUUUUCGUUUUCUAUCACGGGCGAUUUGGUGCGCUUCCUAAUGUCAUGGCGCUCUACGAAUUGGCAGGAUAGAAUUAUAAUGAUGUUCACGGCGAUUUACAUAGGCCUAAAUAAUCAGGUGUUUAAUCAUUUCUUUGUCGUCUCACGCCUGAUAAAUCUGUACUUGGAGACGAUAAACAGUGAGCUGCAGCAUCUGGUGAGUGCAGCCUCCGAGCUGAACUCUCAGCGCAUACAGCGGCGCCACAUUUUGCCAUGGCGUUCUGCCCAGCUAAUGAAUAAGUUCAACGCCUUAAUGUCGUUGCGCCAGAAGCUCCAACGUUUCGCCCUACGUGUGAACAGACUUUUAGGUCCACAAAUAGCCGGUGUGAUGCUAGCGCUCUACUGUUAUAAUGUUGGUGUGUGCUAUAUUAUUUACUCUUUAAUGAAGCCACAUGAGGCUUCACUCUUGGACAUUUCGGCCUGGAAUAUGGUGGUUUUAGUCUUCGGUACUGUCGUCUACAUUGCGGACGUCACGGAGUUUCUCGUCAUCAGUCAACGUCUGAGGCAGAAUUUCGGCUUAUGUAUGCCUAUAACUCUGCAACUAUUGGAGCUACAACAGCUUGAGAAAAACUGGGAUCGCAGUAUUGAGCAGUUUUAUCUACGCGAGGCGUGUUUUACCUACCGGCUAAUGCUUUUAGGCUUUAUCAGUCUGGAUAAUAAGAUGGCGUUCACGCAAUUCGAAUCAGUUAUAUCAAAAUCGAUUAUUUUAGUCCAAUACGAUUAUAAAAACGUCUAA